GGCACGGAGGUGUAAUUGGUGGGCUUGUGCGACAGCCAUGUUGUUUUCUCGAGAAAAGAUCGAUAGUGGCAAAGGGUGACGACGCCGUGCGGCUGAAACAGAGCCGGCUUUUUCUUGCGGUAAAUUAAUUAAUUCUGCCAAGAUAUUCUGCACGUAUGAGGGCGAUAACGUGAUUCAAUAAUGAACAAGAUGUCACGCUACCCAUCCGACUGUAAGAUCUAUGUAGGUGAUCUUGGAAGUAAUGCCACAAAGCAGGAAUUAGAAGAUGCCUUCUCGUAUUAUGGUCCUUUGAGAAACGUAUGGGUUGCACGAAACCCUCCUGGUUUUGCGUUUGUUGAAUUUGAGGAUGCGCGUGAUGCUGAAGAUGCAGUGAGAGGGUUAGACGGUCGCACUAUUUGUGGCCGAAGAGCAAGGGUUGAACCUUCGAAUGGGAAAAGACUGAGAGAUCGGGGUGGUCCGUCAAGACGUGGCGGCGGACGUCCUUUCCAUCCAGAGGAUCGAUGCUACGAGUGUGGAGAAAGAGGACAUUAUGCAAGAGAUUGCCCACGGCAUCGCGGAUCUCGUAGGCGCAGGUCUCACUCUAGGUCACGAUCACGCUCACGAUCUCGCAGCAAACACUCCAGGUCUCGUUCAGCUUCACGAAGCCGUUCUCGCAGUCGAGGUGGUGGUCGAGAUAGGGACAGGUCUCGCAGUAAGGCCAGAUCUGUAUCUAAAGAUCGUAGUCCACGCAGAACCAAAUCCAGGUCAGCUUCGAGGUCCCGCAGCAGGUAAACGGAGCCGUGCAAUUGGAGAUCGGAAUGGGAAUGCCAAGGAAGAUUAGAAUUUAAGUUGUAUUCAAUUAGGGUAGACAUUGAUUACUGCUUCAAACAAUGCCCCAUUAUUCUGACACUCUUUCUUAUUGUUAACAAAAGAAAAGUAUGUAUAAACGUAUAAGCUGAUUCAAAAUUUGUAUGGAUAUUUUCUCUUCGUAUUAUAAUGGUACACGAUAAAUAAUAACAGUAGUAAUAAUAAUAAUAACCUAAGGUUUGACGUUUGAGUGAAAGUGUGAACAUAUUCGUAACAAUACGUGUUGACUAUCAAUAAAAAAAGCUUAUACCAUAA